UUUGCCCACGUUCCCGACGACUGCCACGGAGAGCACCGCGGGCUCCCUGCCCCGCAGCUACGUGUACGAUGUCUGCUUCGCCGCCGGGACCGUCAACAGCGAGUUCCGCUUCCUCAGACCCCUCUUCCCCUGCUUCCCCGCCGGGCUGCCCCCCGGCCCGGGCCAACAGCGGAGCUCGGUGUGCUCGCAGGAUGCGGCCAACCUCGGGGGCGAAAGCGACUGGAUUGCACAGGGCAGUGCUCCCCUCUCUGAAGAUACGGGGCCCAGAGCUGCAGAUGCAGUUUGCUCUGCAAACAGGGAGCUGGAGCUAAAUGUCAGCUCUGAGCAAAACCCUUGGAUUGCCCAUCAAUAAGUGAAGAGAAGGACAAGUUUGUCUGUCCUCAAAGGGAAAAGGGAACAGACCAAACACCUCCCUAAAAGGUACCACGGAGAUGGAGCCUUCUCUGUGAGAGUACUUUCCCCUUGGGCAGUACUUUAUUCAUGUAGGUAUUUUGUAAUUGUGAUGUCGAUGGAGGAGGAACCGUCCUGCAUGUUGAUUACAUAAUUAUGUAUGAUUGUGAGAGUGCUACUGCUUCUACGUACUUCGAGAAAUACUGAAAACUGGCAGCAGAUCUUUAACUUCUUGUUACACCAUCUUUUCUGGGGGAUUUCCAUUUGUGCUUUGUUUCUUUUUAUGGAGAGAGCUUUGUAAUAAUAUCUUAAUUUUGUGCUGUGUAUUCAGCAGCAGGCGAAACAGGUAUUAUGCAGAAUUAAGUGGUGCUUGCAAAAGAAUUUCAUACUAAAUAAGUAGAAGCUGUUCACAUUUUGAGCUGCUGGCACUGGCACACUUGGCAUAUUUGACCAGUUUAGAGGUUCUCCUAAUUGUAGAGAGUAGGCUUUGAACAAUGUAUUCUUCCUUCCUUUCUUUCUUUUUUUUUCAUAAAGUUGAAAUUACCAUUUUGCUAUUUUUAAAAUCCAAUAUAAUUAAAAGCAUUGUUUGUGUUUUUUCAGUAAAAUAGACGAAGACUAUUACAAUUAACUUAGGGCACUGUAGAAUCUAGGGUGUCAAGAAGCUUUCUGGUUUUGUUUUGUCAGUCGGUGUUAAUCUAUAAAGUAAUGUGAGAAUUCCUGUUGCUGAACCAUUUUAAAGAGUUUCAAAUGAGUGAUGAGAGAAAACAAUAAAAUCUACUUGGAACUCCCUCGGGUGAGUGUGCUGUCUCGAGAUCACUUGCCACAGACAUCGCUGAAGAAAUAGCCAAGAGCAGGAUUUCGGGAGUAAAGCCGGGCACCUGGAGUGGAAUUUAUGCAAGGGCAAAUCAGAACGGCCUGGGAAAUAGGAGGGUCUCAGAAGUCGGAGCAAGGCAGAGUGAUUUUUGUCAGUGUGAUGCUGAGGUCUGAGAUGCUGUCUGCAGCCCAUUCCCAUAGGCACCCAGCAGGAGAGGUCCUGAACAGCGGGAACAAUCCCGUUCCACUCCGAGGAUGACUCUGGCAAUAGCUGCUGUGGUUAAAAGACCACCUCACCUGAUGGCCGGAUCCCUGUAGCAAUACACUGUUAUACUGUUUUAAGUAUUAAGUAUUUUUAAAAAUAACUGUUUUAGCUGAACAAUAAGUAAUUUAUUCAAAGCGUUCACAGUGGAGGAAGGGAGGGGGAACCAAAACAAAAGGAACAACCCAGCUUUAAAUAAAUUCCAUUUUGAAUUAGAAGGCAAACAGAGGCAUUGCUCGUUCAGCCAGUGGCAAUACUUUGAAUACGGUUGUAUGGACUGCUGAAUUUCCAUGCUUUGACCUCGGAAGAGAGAAAUCGAGCCGUUAAUCUCUGCUUUGCAGGCUUUGCGCUGGGAAAUCUUAGAAUCCUUCUCCAGAUCGGCCGCCUGGCGCCGCUGCUGACCGCGGAAGCUCCGCGCAGCUCCCAUUCCACCUCCCUUGCGAUUCGGGCGGGCGGGGCUGCACCAUCUCGGGCUGCUCCGUUCGGGGGUCGGCAGCUGUAUCGGCAGCUCCGUCCGGCUCACAGGAGAGGAGUUCGGGUCGCUGGAAGGGAAUGAAGCUGAGGAAGAGCGAGGAACCGCUCCCGGGGAGGGUGGUGGCUCUGAUCCUUGUCCUCUGCGUCUCGGGGAUGAGAGCAGAAAGCGCUCGGUACUCUGUCCCUGAAGAGGCGGAGAGAGGCUCUUUCGUGGCGAAUAUCGCUAAGGAUCUGGGACUAACCGGUGAGGAAUUAUUGGCUCGUCAGGCUCGACUCGUUCCUGAAGGAGAAAAGCAGUAUUUACAACUGAACCAGCACACCGGGGAUUUGGUGGUGAGAGAGCAGAUGGACCGGGAAGAGCUGUGUGGACAGAGCGAGCCCUGCUUGGUGCGUUUUGAGGUGCUGCUGGAGAACCCGCUGCAGUCCUUCCGAGCUGAGGUAAGACUCACCGACAUAAAUGAUAAUUCUCCUGUGUUCUUAAAUAAAGAGAUUGUUUUAAAGAUCCCGGAAUCUGCACUGCCGGGGACUCGUUUUUUGCUGGAAAGCGCUCACGAUCCUGACGUGGGGAACAACAGUCUUCAGCAUUAUAGUAUCAGCUCGAACGAGUAUUUCCUUGUGUACACCCGGCGGCGGAGUGACGGCAGGAGGUACGCCGAGCUGGUGUUGGAUCGAGCCCUGGAUCGGGAGCAGCAGGCAGAAGUUGCUUUCAGCAUCACGGCUGUGGAUGGUGGGACUCCACCCCGGUCUGGCACAGCCUUAAUCCGCGUUAUAGUCCUGGAUAUAAAUGAUAACAUCCCGGUAUUUUCCCAGACUCUGUAUAAAGUCUCUGUAAUGGAAAAUAGCUCACAGGAUACCAUCGUGGUGGUAGUGUCUGCUAGCGAUUUGGACUCAGGCACAAAUGGAGAGAUCGUCUAUUCCAUAGUUCAAAAUUCAGAGGAAAAUUUAGAGACAUUUAAAAUAAACCCAGAGACAGGCCAGAUUCGACUCAAAAAGCCUUUGGAUUAUGAAGAAAAAAAGACCUAUGAGAUAGAUGUUCAGGCCUUAGAUGGAGGGGGCCUGUCCACACAUUGCAAUGUGGAGGUGCAGGUGAAGGACGUGAACGAUAAUGCCCCCGAGGUGAUCAUCACCUCGCUCACCAGCACCCUCUCUGAAGCCGCUCCGCCGAACACCGUGGUCGCCCUCUUCAACGUGCGGGACCGGGACUCGGGGGACAAUGGCAGGACAGCCUGCGAGCUGACAGGAGAGCAACCCUUCAGGAUCACGCUGCUGGCAGCUGACGCGUACGCGCUGGUGACAUCAGAGACACUGGACCGGGAGCAAGUGGAGGAAUACAACGUGACGGUGCGAGCUCGAGAUGAGGGCUCCCCCGCCCUCUCAGCAUCCAAGACCCUGCUCGUACGGCUCCUGGAUGUGAACGACAAUGCGCCCACCUUCACCCAGGCUAUUUACACCAUGGUGAUCAGCGAAAAUGAGCCCGCGGGGAGGAGCCUGGGCCGCCUCAGUGCCACGGACCCUGAUGCGGGAGAAAACUCCCGCGUGAGAUACGCGCUAGUGAGGCCACUGACAGGCGCCCUCGCCGCAGCAUCAUUCGUGUCAGUGGACGCGGAGAGUGGAACCGUCCGGAGUUUGCGCCCGCUGGACUAUGAGAAGGUCCCCUCCUUCGAGGUGACAGUGAGCGCAGCCGAUGGUGGCUCCCCGCCGCUCAGCGCCCAGGCCGUGCUUCGCGUGGUCGUGCGGGACGAGAACGACAACGCGCCCGUGCUGCUGCACCCGGCCCCCGACAGCAGCGCGGCCGGAGAGCUGGUGCCGCGCUGGGCACCCUCCGGCUACCUGGUGGCCAAGGUGGUGGCGGUGGACGCGGACGCGGGGCAGAACGCGUGGCUGUCGUACGAGCUGGCCAAGGCGACGGAGCCGGGGCUGUUCCGCGUGGGGCUGCACAGCGGCGAGGUGCGCACGGCGCGCUCGCCGCUGGCCCGCGACGCGGCGCGCCAGAGCCUGGUG